AUGCCUGGCGAGGCACCGCCUAUUGCAGUGGACAAUGCGUCUUAUUCCAUGGAGCUUGCCUUGGGGCCGGAAGACUUUCAAUCAGAAACUACCUCGAUCGCAUCGGCAAUCGCGAGAGGACGACUGGAAAAUGGCCGGAGGUACCAGGCAACGAAAGAGGACGACUAUUGGGGUCCUUCUGACGAAAAGCAAUUCGAAGCAUUUGAGAUAAGUCAUAUAUUGUUCCUUGUAUUGGACCAAGAUCAGGAAAACCCUCUUUUUCGUUCUCCCAUUGGAGACUCGCCUAAGCAUAUUCUAGAUAUCGGCACUGGCCAAGGAAGUUGGGCGAUCGACGUUGCAGAUAGCUACCGUCCGCGGAGUGGACCUCUUCCCCCACCUGUGACCUGGAUGCCACCCAACUGCGUCUUUGAAGUGGAUGAUGUGCUUCGCGAAUGGACGUGGCGACAGCCGUUUGACUUAAUCCACCUGCGCAUGAUGUAUGGUGCGUUUGACAAUGAUGGAUGGAACCAAGUAUACAAGCGGGCCUACAAUGCCCUCCAACCUGGCGGAUGGAUAGAGCAAGUCGAGUUGGACGUGCGACUCUACAGCGAUGACGGCACUUUGGCACAGGAUAGCUUUCUAGCGGGGUGGGGCGAGACGUUCAUUGGGUGUUCUGAGCGAGCCGGACGUUCACUGCUGACGCAGGAGACGAUGCUCAGUGAAAUUGAAAAAGUGGGGUUUGUGGAUAUACAUGAGAAGCUAAUCAAGAUCCCACUGGGUCCGUGGGCUAGAGACCGAACGCUUAAAGAGGCCGGACAGCUCCAGUUGGCGCACUGGAACACCGCUCUGGAGGGGUGGGCCAUGUGGCUUCUGACCAAGUUUGGGGAGCCAACCCCCUGGACGACGGAAGAGGUCCAGGUUUACCUGGCUAAGAUACGUUUGGAGCUCAAGGAUCCCCACAGGCACGCUUACGGAUUCUGUCGUCGUGUGUGGGCUAUGAAGCCCCUCAAACAGGAAGUUGAAGAUAGAGGAGAAGAAGCACAGGUCAAAGCAGAAGAAGGAGAAGAACAAGAAGCGCACUUCAAAACAGAGAAAUCAAAGUCCCCGGGUUUCCCGGGCCGAUCGUCCGUGCCGGCAGAACCGGCAGGGCGGUCGACCGCAAACUACUUCCAUCCUCCUCCAUAG